AUGGACGAUCUGUUCACGAAGGGAGGCGACUACUUAGUACGCAUGGGGAUGACCAAGGAAGGGGAAGCGAAAUCAUUUAUUGUAUCGAUUUCACUGUGUUCGAAUAAGAAGCAAGUCAAACAUUUUGUGAUCGCUCGAACACCGCACGGCUUCUCCGUUGACAAUGUGAACUUCUUCCCCGAUAUUGUUCAGCUCAUUGAUUAUUAUGCUGCUAGAGGAAUCGGGUUAAACGGAACAAAAGAUACGUUGUUAAAACGCCCAAUCUGCCGUGCCAGCUGGGAGCUGACACAUGAUCAGGUACAGCUUGGGGACAAAAUUGGAGAAGGUCACUUUGGAUCUCUCGUAAAAGGGAAAUUAUACUUCAAUACUCGGCAACCAAUUAAUGUAGCGGUGAAAAUGGCAAAAAAGGAGUGUAGCGAGAACGAGAUAAAAGAAGUUCUAAAAGAAGCUAGAAUAAUGCGCAAUAUAUUAUAUCCACACAUUGUUCGCCUAUAUGGAGUGGCAGUAGAUAAAGCACCAAUUCUCAUAGUCAUGGAAUUGAUGACAAAUGGUGACCUCAAGUCAUUCUUACGCAAGAAAACAUCGACACCUAAGCAAAAAAUGAGCUGGGCGGCACAUGCAUCUUAUGGCUUAGCUUAUCUUCACUCGAGGCACUUCAUCCAUAGAGAUAUUGCAGCUCGCAACUGCCUACUUGCUGGGGAUCUCAUGCUGAAAAUAGCUGACUUUGGGCUAACGAGAGAAGGUGAUGUGUAUCUGAUGGCAACACGCCGUAAACUGCCUGUUAAAUGGAUUCCGCCAGAAGUGAUAGAAAACAACAUUUUCUCAUUGAAGAGCGAUGUAUGGAGUUUUGGUAUACUUGGUGUGUUAUGUGAGCAUUUGGUCCUCACGAUGUUCUUCUACAUGCACUAA